CCAAGACACGAGGAGAGAGACCGAGGCCCAUGGAGCCACUGCUGAGCUCUUGGGAAUCGAAGCCCUGAUUUUUGGAUGAUUUACAUGCAUUUCAAGUUUUUGUUUUUUAUACCAUCAUUACCUGGAAUUAUGCCCUGACGUUUUUUCUUUUGUCGGUGACAACGUCGGUGACUUGAGCAUCCUUGAAGCUGAAACAAUUCUGUAGAUCACGUGCCUAUGCUCUGCACUGGAUAUCUGGGGAUCACAUGUUUUUUUUUUAAAUUCCAUGUCGGUUUUUCAUAAACUGGAACUUCAGUGAGUUCGUUCGAUUGACAUCCUGCCAUAUGUCUUCAAACCAACUGUCCGUAUUUCUACCGGAGGGGAUUUAAACCAGGUGGAUAUACAGACUGAAUCAUUUGAAUGAACCUCAUUUCCUUGAUUUUGGACGGAGACUUCAUAUAAGGUGACGGAAGAACUUCACACGCCAGAGAAUACGGUCAUUUAAGACAUCUCAGGCGAAACAGUAGGCUGUGCAACAUGGUGCAUUGUGCUGGGUGCGAGAGGCCUAUCCUGGACCGAUUUUUACUCAAUGUUCUGGACAGAGCUUGGCACGCCAAGUGCGUACAGUGUUGUGAAUGUAAAUGCAGUUUAACAGAAAAAUGCUUCUCUAGAGAGGGGAGACUCUACUGCAAGAAUGAUUUCUUUAGGAGAUAUGGAACCAAAUGCGGAGGUUGUGCACAAGGAAUCUUGCCUAACGAUUUGGUUCGCAAAGCAAGGAACAAAGUUUUUCACUUAAACUGUUUCACCUGCAUAAUUUGCAACAAACAGCUUUCAACGGGCGAAGAAUUGUACAUCUUAGAUGAUUAUAAAUUCAUGUGUAAAGAGGACUAUUUGAGUAGCAGCAUCGGCAAAGACACCACCCUUCUCUCAGUUACGACAUGCAGUGACCCAAGCCUAUCCCCAGACUCCCAAGAUCCACAGGACGACGGGAAGGACUCUGAAAUUGGACAUUUAUCAGACAAGGAACCCUGCAACAAUGAGAACGAAGAACAGAACACGGGAACAAAACGACGAGGGCCCCGAACCACCAUCAAAGCAAAACAGCUCGAGACCCUGAAAGCUGCUUUUACGGCCACACCAAAGCCCACCAGGCACAUUCGAGAGCAGCUCGCACAGGAAACUGGACUCAACAUGAGAGUUAUUCAGGUUUGGUUCCAGAACAGGAGAUCAAAAGAACGACGAAUGAAGCAGCUCAGUGCGUUGAGUACCAGGAGGCAUCUUUUCUUCCGCAGUCCUCGAAGGAUGCGGACGUUGAUGGACCGGCUAGAGCCUGGUGAACUCAUGCCGAACGCACAUUAUGCUUACGGAGAUUAUCAAGGUGAGUACUACGGCCCCGGGGCUAAUUACGAAUACUACCCUCAGGGUCCCCCCUCAUCACAAGCACAAACCCCGGGGGACCUGGGCUACGCGCCCUCCUCGGGCCCCGCGGGCACCCCUCUGGGGAGCAUGGAGCACCACCACCCUGGGCACCAUCCGUCCGGUGACGUGUCGUGCUACACAGACAUCAUCUCGCAGCACGCCAGGGACUCGCCGAGUCCGGAGCCCAGCGGCCCCGCUUCCAUGCAGAGCAUCUCCAGUGAGAUGUGUGGCCCUGGCACACCCUUCACGUCCCUGUCUCUGAACGGCAGCGGGUACAGCAACCAGCUCUCACACACGUCCUCAGAGAUGAGCGAAGGCACUGUCUGGUAGCCGGGGAUGCACACAGAGGAAGACGAAGGAGAGGAAGAAGAAAGGCAAUGGCACUCUACACUGGCUCAGAACAUAGGGCCUGGACUAUUUUUAUUGUUCUGUUGUUAUUUAAAUAUUCAGAUUUAUUUAUGUGAUUAUUUAUUAUUUAUGUCAUUAAUUAAUUAUUUGUAUUUAUUCAUUAGAGAAAAUAUUACAAGCUGGCCAUUUUAUCCACCAUCUUGAUUGUUGUAUUUAUAUGAUGUGUUUCUGUAAUAAAGACUUAAUUGUUGCAGCUCGCAACAAUGGAACUA